AGCUGCCCUCCCGUUGCUCAGAAGCCCACAUGGAAGCCCUAGCAAGUUAUUUAAGGUUUCGGAACUAUGCCAGCUUGAAAAAUGGAGAUGAUUUAAUCUCUCUAGUGGUCCCCCCACCUAGAGUAUCAGGACCUCACUUCCUGGAGAAUGGCCCAGAGGUCUCCACAGGAACUCUUUCAUGAAGCAGCCCAGCAGGGCAUCCUAGCCCAGCCCCAGCCCUGGUGGAAGAUCCAGUUGUUCAUGUGGGAACCAGUGCUGUUUGGGACCUGGGAUGGUGUGUUCACAUCCUGCAUGAUCAACAUUUUUGGGGUUGUCCUGUUCCUGAGGACCGGCUGGCUGGUGGGAAACACAGGUGUGCUCCUGGGCUUGCUCCUGGUGUCCUUCGUCGUCCUCGUGGCCCUCAUCACGGUGCUGUCUGGCAUUGGCGUCGCAGAGCAUGGCGGGAUAGGCAGCGGUGGUGUCUACUCCAUGAUCUCCUCAGUCCUUGGUGGGCAGAUGGGAGGCACCGUCGGGCUGUUGUACGUGUUUGGACAGUGUGUUGCAGGUGCCAUGUACAUCACAGGCUUCGCGGAGUCAAUCUCAGAUCUGCUGGGCCUUGGGAACAUCUGGGCUGUGCGAGGAAUUUCAGUUGCUGUACUUCUGGCUUUGCUGGGCAUCAACCUAGCAGGUGUCAAGUGGAUAAUCCGCCUCCAGCUGCUGCUGCUGUUCCUGCUGGCUGUCUCCACCCUGGACUUCGUGGUGGGUUCUUUCACCCACCUGGACCCAGAACACGGCUUCGUUGGAUACUCCCCAGAACUGCUAGAGAACAACACUCUGCCCGACUACAGCCCCGGGGAGUCUUUCUUCACUGUGUUUGGGGUGUUCUUCCCAGCAGCCACAGGAGUCAUGGCUGGCUUCAACAUGGGAGGAGACCUGAGGGAGCCUGCUGCCAGCAUACCUCUAGGCUCCCUGGCAGCGGUUGGCAUCUCGUGGUUCCUGUACAUCGUCUUCACCUUCCUGCUUGGUGCCAUCUGCACCCGAGAGGCCCUCCGCUCUGACUUCCUGAUAGCUGAAAAGGUGUCUCUGGUCGGCUUCCUCUUCCUGUUGGGCUUGUACAUCUCAUCCCUGGCCUCCUGUAUGGGGGGACUCUAUGGAGCCCCCCGGAUCCUGCAGUGCAUCGCCCAGGAGAAAGUGAUUCCCGUGCUGGCCUUUCUGGGGCAAGGGAAAGGGCCAAACAAAACACCUGUAGCAGCCAUCUGCCUGACCAGCUUGGUGACCAUGGCCUUUGUCCUUGUGGGUCAGGUGAACAUCCUGGCGCCCGUGGUCACCAUCAACUUCAUGCUCACCUACAUCGCCGUGGACUACUCUUACUUUGCCCUCUCCAUGGCUCCAUGCAGUCUCUCCCAGUCUCCCGAGCCGGUGCCCGGAGAAGGUCCAGAUGCCCUGCGCUGCUCUGAGCACCUGCUCCAGGACAAGGCUCCUAGCUAUGGUUCUGACUCCCCUGCUGGAAGCCUCUCUGAGGGCACUCUGCUGGAGUUCACCAAGGACAUGGAUCAGCUCCUCCAGCCCACAGGGAGGCUCGAGAAUGGUCAGCUUGGGUCAAGCGAGGGGAACCAGAUGCCAAAGAGGCAGAAGAGGAAGUGUAAGAAAGGCGCCAAGCGAACCCUACGCGAUAGCUUCCUCUUAGAUGGCGGGUCUCCUUCGUCCUUCCCCACAGAAGCCUCUGAUGGGUGGCCCACUGCCUCCUGGGAGGAGCAAGCAUCCUGUCAGAACCAGCAGACGGCUAGGAGUGAAUCACAUGACCAACUUGUCCCCGAGCUGUGCACCCAGCCUACAGUGAACAGAGAAGAUUUCGUUAUGAAAUGCAGACUUCAGGAACAAGAGGUCCAGAGGAGACCGAAUGCUUUCUACACUUACGUGUGUAACCCCUGGGUCUCCCUCUUAGGGGCUGUUGUAUCCCUUCUCAUCAUGUUUGUGAUCCAGUGGGUCUAUACCCUAUGUAGCAUGGGUGUUGCUGUCAUGGUGUAUUUCUACAUUGGCCAGGCCAGUCCAGGUCUUUACCUUGGCUCAGCCUCCAACUUCAGCUUUUUCCGAUGGAUGAAGUCCCUCCUGAUGCCCUCCUGCAGGAGCCUGAGGUCCACCCGGGAGCAGAUCAUCUUGGCACCAUCCCCAGCCAAGGUUGCCAUGGCAAUGACUCAGCUUACCCAGGAGAACACAGACUUUGCCACCCGAGAUCGCUACCACCAUUCCUCCCUCGUGAGUCGGGAACAGCUGAUGCCUCCCUACUAGACCCUUGCUGGACUCCUCCUUUCUAGAAGCUGCCCCGGAGAUGGGGGACCCAAAUCUCAGAACCUUUGGAAACUGCUUCUACCAAUGAGAAACCCCAAGACUGGUCUUCCCUCACAGCCUUGGAUGGCAGAAAUCACCUUCUAGUCUGAACUGGCUUGUCUCACCAGACUCUAGGUGUGGCCAUGGCUUCCACAUGUACCCAACCUGAACAGCCCACAGGCUACCAGGGUGAUCAUUUGACACCAAGACAAUCAGAUGUGGAGAACCAAAACCAGAUUUCUUAUUGUAAAGGGCACAAUAAAUACUUAUUUUAAUUUUAUUGUUUUUUUUUUAAAGUAUACACUACACUUGCAUUUGGUUCCAAGUCACAAAGUAUAAUUAUAUGCAGGAUAAAAGUCUCCUUCUUCUCAUCUGCUUGGUGCCCAUCCCCCACCACAGAGGCAACCACUUCUCACACAUACAGCAGCCAUCUCUUUACACAUAGGAAAGGGGGUUCUUAUACCUUCCUAUCCACAAAUGCAGUCUGCAUACAUGCUCCACAGCAUCUUGCCUUGGAAGCAUUUCCACGAUGGUGCUUACACAGUUUCCUCAUGAUGUUGCGAUGUCUGAAUACACCAUCGUUUAUUCAAUCAGUCUCAUGAUGACGGCAUUUUGAUUCAUUCUGAUUUUCUUGCUAUUACAGACACUUCUGCAAUGAGUCAGUCAUUAUGUUUAAACGUGUGCACAGUCGUGAAGGGUACCCGCAGAUAAGUCCUCAGAAGGAGAACGCAGGAUCAGCGGGAAUGUGCAUUUGUGGGCUGUUAGUGUUUGGAGAAGUGCUUUUUAAUUAAAGGGUCAAAUAACAGGCCAGGCAGGCAUGGUAUUCACCUGGAAUCCCAGGACUCGAGAGAUGGAGACAAUCUGGGCUGUGUAACAAGACCCUUUAUCAAAGUGGGUGGAGGGAAGAGAAGGAAAUAAAUGAUUAUGAAUUGCCUAA